UGGAGGUUAGGGUGGCCAUCUUUCUCGCGCGCACAUCCCGGACGGAUCGUUCCUUCCGCGCCGCGCAAUCUUCCUCCUCGACGCGAUUACGUGUCCGUCGACCUAAUCGCACGGAUCGCGUAAAAUCUCGUCGUCGCGUCACGUGGCGCGGGUUACACACGCCCCGCGCGCGUAACGCUCCGGAGGUGUUGCGGACACCGUGGAGCACGGUGGUGUGCGCACUUAUUACGCGCUUUUCGGCACGCAGGUUACUCCGGCGUUUCCCCGGUGCAGCGAUUGUUAGUCGUCGGACCGACGGUGGUGAUUGUGUGACCAACGUGUUUUCGUCGCGGCGCAUCCCUGGCUACGCGCGGCGGUAUUGUUGAGGAGCGAUUAGCGGCGGCCGGCCGAAUCGCGGGGGAGAGACGGAGAGGGAGAGGUGGUGUGAGACGCAGAGUCGCGCCCCGUAUAUCGAUACGAAUGAUGACGAAGAUGCAGCCCCGGAUACAGCAACACCACCCGGUGCAGGCGGCGCAGCGGAUCACGCACGAGGACCACAUACUGGAGGCGAUCGAUCAGCUCCGCCGGCGUAAAGCGCGCCCCGAUGCCGAUCGCAUCUGCAACUAUCUGCUCCGCAAUUACGCGGUGGACGCGCGCGACACGAUCGCCGAUCUACAUCGGCUGAUCGAGGUCGAGAAGGUGAUUCAGGUCGACUACAAGGGUAACACGAGUUACCGCAACGCGAAGAAAUGGACGCGUUUGCAGCUCUUCAAGAAUCGACCGGAGGGCUUCCUCAAGGAGAAACUCAACUCGGGCAUGGUGUCGAGCGCGGUCGCCGAGCUCGUGGUCGAGGAGCCGGAUUAUCUUGACCAGGGCGUACCGGCCUGCCGUCUGAUCGAGCAGCUCCUCGACGGCGUCUCGAGCCCGACGUCCCGUCGCGUGGUCGAGGAAUUCCUCGGCCGGGAGGUCGCGAGCGGCAAUCUCGCGCGCCUGUCCAACGGCAAUUACUCGCUGGUGGCGACGUCCGACAUGACGACGGACGCGACACCGUCGCGGCGCGGCGGCGACUCACAGCCGUCCUCCUCCGCGGCGGCCGCCUGCGCCCUGGAGAACGGCAACGCGACGCAACGGCGUGUCGGUAAGGAGGCUGCUAGCAAUGGCAACGUUAGCAAUGGCACCAACGGCUUAACGACCAAGGCAACCAAGACAGCAGCAGCAGCUGCGGCGGCGGCGGCGGCAACGUCCACGGCGGCGGAACUCUACGAGUUCAACGAGACGGAUAACCUCACCGACACUACGUCCAACACGUCGCGAUCAUCCUCGCGGCAGGCCAACGAUAGUCCGAAGCUGGAUCAGCAACUUCGACAACAUCAGGAUUCUGUCAAAAAAGAGGAAUGCUGCGAGGUCAACGCCGACAAGAAAAACUCCGAGCGCGGCGGCAGCACGUCGCCGUCAAACGUCGGGGUGGCAUGCAACGGCGGCGGCGUCGACGGUAGCCAACGUGAACACGGCGAUUCCCUGGAGGUAGCCGUCCCGACGUCGACGUCCGCGGAGAACGACAUCGUCAAGGAGGAGCCAAAGAGCAACGAUGCCCAGAAGACUUCGUCUAACCUUAAAAGGUCCGCCAAGGCCGAGCGCAAGCAACGUCUGUUCGCGAGGACGGACGAUCGUAUGGAUAUCGAGAUUAAGUUCGAGGACUAUCAGCACAGCGGCAAGGACGAGCGGGAGAAGCGCGAGGAAACCGGUCAACGGUCCAGCGAGGAUCGCGAGGACGAGGAUGCCGGCAGGAGCUCGUCGACGAACACGUCCCCCACUCCGUCCAACGUAAACACUGGCGGCUUCCGUAGCGCCAGGAGGAAGAGAGCCAGAAAGGUAUUUGAUCCUUCAGAUAAUAAUUUGGUGAAGCGCAAGCGAGGCAGGCCGGGUAACCCUAAAAACGUGAUGCAAGAUUCUCAGGAUUGUAAGCCAAUGGUCAAGGAUGGACCGUCCAGGCAGUGUAGCCUCUGUGCCAAGGAAAAGCAAGAGGCUCUCGUGGCUUGUAGGGACUGCACAGUGCGAGCACAUCCGAGUUGCAUUUACAGUCCGGAGGAAUUGGUACAAAAAGCCAAUAGCAAUUGGCAAUGCGAACGCUGUAAAACCUGUACAGUAUGCUGCGAGACUUCCGAUGCUGGUCCGCUAGUGACUUGUUACGGCUGCGACGAUGCCUAUCACUAUUUCUGUCACACUUCCCGCGUCGCGAUAAAGUCGAACUCGAAGUGGUACUGCAACGAGUGCACGCAGAAGCAGCAGUGCAAGACGAGCGACGGACAGAACGCUCAUUCGGUCAAUGGAACAAGCAGGCCGGACAGCCCGUCGAGCACGACUAUCUUACCGCCGGUUCUGAGCCCACAGGUCUCUCCUACGAGGGGCUCUUCCGAUUUAGUGGAAGACGACGGUCCCAAGGGGCCCAUCGACAUGAAUAUUCCUGACGCGAGGAAUUGGACUUCCGAUCAAGUGUACCAGUACUUUGCUAGACUGUUUCCAAAAGAUGCCGAAGUCUUCCGCCAGCAGGAAAUAGACGGCCACGCGCUGCUAAUGAUGAGCCGAAAGGAUGUUCUGUGCGGGCUUAAUUUGCUGUUGGGCCCUGCCUUAAAGAUAUACCGACACGUUUUGAAGCUUCAAUUUCGUAGGGAUGAUCCUGAGUUGUAUUGGCAAUAAUAUACAUACGAGUUUUGCGUGAAAUUGAUCUCAAUUGUGUCAUUUUGACCUGAAAGAUUUAAUUUAUACUAGGUAUAUACACAAAUUGAAUCUUUCACGAUUGGGACACCGUUUUGUAGUUUUGUGAACGGUCUCCACGUUGUACAUACGAAGUAUCGCUGAAAAUCUUUUAUGAACAAUGAAGAUAUAUAUAGAUAUCGUACAGAUAUGUGCUCCUUAAAUAAUGAGACUAUUGAAUGUUCGAAGCGGAUCUGAUCUACCGUUAAAUCCCGCGUUGCGGCGGGAUAUGUCGAAACAUUGUCUGAAAAAAAGCGCGGAGACGCUCUCAAACUCUAUUGGCAAUAAUGUAGAUGAUAUCUCUUUCAUAAAUUCAGUCUUCGCGACAUUGUGCAUGUGAUUUGUACAAAUCCAGCCUUCUUUUAGGUUAAGAACAUAAAACUCGGCUUCAAAGAUAACGCUCUGCAUUGUACAGAUGAGACAUAUAUAAGAUGUAUUACUAAGAUCUCCGCGAACAAUUCGUCGCAAGCCAAAUCGGUUACCGAUCCGUAAAUGUAUGUGCAUACGCGAUUACAUAAAACUUGAUGUACAUACAUUCCGCCUUUUUCAUACGCGGUAUUUUAUUAAAAAAAAAAAAAAAAAAAAAGGAGCAGAUAUUUUCUAUCUCCAAACUGUUACUUGUUAACGUUAUAUUUAAGCCUGUAUGGAGAAUUCUACAUGAUGUUCUAACAAAAAAAAGCGGAUGUGCGAAACAGAAAAAGAGAAAUCAUCGACUGAUUAUACGCGAUUUUGCGUCACGUAAACUUAUACUUUAUUUCUGCAAGUCUUACAUGCAUAAGUACAUUUAUUUGUAGAAUGUAGUUAUGCAUAAGAUCACUAGUUAAGGAACGCGAUACUUUGGUUUACAUGUACUUUUCUAUUAUGCAAUAAAUAUUUUGAUAUUUAUAA